AUCCAAAGUACAAAUUUUAAGAAAACUGUCAAUGUGGUUUUUUAAAAGUAUUUAUUUAUGUAAGAGAAAGAAAGAGAGAAACAGAGUGAGCGUGCUAGCCCCCAUCCAAUGUUUUACUCUUCAAUUGCAUGAAAUGGCUGGGGUUGGGAGGCAGGCCAAAGCCAGGAGCUAGGAACUUAAUUCAGAUAUCCCACAUAGGUGGCAGGAAGCAAAUCAGUGAAGUUCUCACUGUUGUCUCUUAGUUUGUACAUUAGCAGUAAUUAGGAGUCAAGCACAGGAACUGAGAAUCAAACCCAGGUACUCCAAUAUGGGAUGCGGUCAUCUUAAUCAUUAGGCCAAACACCCUCUCGCCCAAUCAGUGUCUGAGAAAGACCAAAUAAAAUAGAAACAAGAAAUCAAUCUCGUUUAUGGACUCAUCCUGAAAAUUUGAAGUUAAUAAACAUAAUCAGAUUAUUAAAAAAGAAUAUUCACCUUAUCAAAAAGGCUGCAUAUUCCCAGAAUGCACAUGUGACUCAAUAAAUAAUGGGCAACGUGUUAAUGUGUUCUUUACUGUCCCACACUGCUUCUCCAGUGGCAGAGCUGACUAUGAACUGUCAGUUCAUCAAAAACUGUAACUAUGUUUCUAUCACUGACUUUAGCAAAUCAAAAAUGCCGUUUAAACGGGGAAGCGAUUGUGGUGCCUGAAUUAAGCCACUGCUUUGGAUACCCACAUUCCAUAGCUGAGUACCAGUUUGAGUGCUUGUUAUUCCACUUCUGACUGAACUGCUCAUCCGAUCCAGCCUCCUGGUAAUGUACUUGGGAGAGGUGAAUGAUGGUGGGCUCCUGCCACCAAUAUUGGACACCUGGGUGGAGUUCCUGGCUCCUGGCUUUGACCUGGCAUAGCCCUGGCUGUUUGGGGCAUUUGGGAAGUGAACCAUGGAUAGAAGAUCUCUCUCUCUCUCUCUCUGCCCUUCUACACUUCUUCCCUCUCUUCCUCCCUUCCUCUUUCUGUCUCUUUGUCUUUCAAGUAAAAUCAAUAAUUAGACAUCAUGAUGACAGAAAUUUUAAAAUGUGAAAAACUACCUUAGGAUCAAUGAAAUACUGUAUCCAUCUAUCCAUUUUUUCCUUUUGUUUCUUUCUCUUCAUAUCUAUCUAUCUAUAUAAUUUUAAUCUAACUGGAAUAUAUACUUGUGUCUAUCCAGAAUAUAAUAUGUAGAUGUAGUUGUAAGGGGAAAAAUAGCAAGUAGAAUAGUGUGCAUACUAUAGUAGAAUCUGUGUAUUUUUUAUUUCAUUUUUUAUAAAGUUUUAUUUAUUUAUUUUCCUGAAAGGCAGAGAGAGAGAGAGAGAGAGAGAGAGAAAGAAACAGCUGGUUCACUCGCCAAAUGGCUGCAAUAGGCAAGCCUAUGCCAGACCAAAGCCAGGAUCCUGGAACUCCAUCUUGGUCUCCAACGUCGGUUGCAGAAGCCCAAACACUUGAGCCAUCAGUCUCUGUUUCCUUGGGUGCAUUAACAGGAAGCUGAAUCAAAAGUGCAGUAGUCAGGAACUGGCACUCUGAACUGGAUGGCAGGAUUUCAAGCAGUGGCUUAACCUGCUGCUGUACAACACUGGCCCCUGUGCACUUUCUAAAAAGAGAUUUAAAUAGCUGCAUUGUGUGUAUGUUUUCCCUUAGAAAGACUUAGAUAAAAUUAUAAAGAACAUCCAUCUAACAAAGAGCUAGGUGAGGAGGGUAGUGGAUAAUGAAAGUGGAAAAGGAAAGCUUUUACUUACUGUGUUUCUGUACUGUUUCAAUUCUCUAAUCUUUUUCUUCCUUCACAUUUAUUUUUAAAAAUCAACAGAAAUUAUCAUAGCAGAGAGAUAAGGGCCAUGCUAGGUUACUGUAGCAGAAGGUACCAGUGCACUGCCCAGGGACUGCCUUUAACCAUUGCUAUUGAGCCCCUCCCAAAUUUGUGCAUUGCCUUUGCAUUGGCUGCAGCUACUGUCUUUGCAGGACCACCUGGAGCUGCCUCCCUGGCCAGGUGUGCUGAGAGCUAGAAGUGCUGGGGAAUUUACAAACCCCAGUUCCAUCCUUAGCCAGGAAUGCAAAGGUGAGGGAGUGAGGAAGUCCAGUUCCCUUGACCCUGGGGGAAAACUCCCUUCAGAGGCUUGGGCCUCAGUCACACCCUUGCCUGCUUCUUGCCUUUGCCUGUGCUGUUUCUGGCCACCCCUUCUGCAGUUUCUCUAAGAGUGCUUCCUUAAUAAGUCAUCUCCUUAACAUCUGAUUCUGAAGUGCUUUUAUUCUACUUUGAAUUGGUGGACUCUUACAAAGAAAUUUCUGAAUGUCAAAUAUGUUUGUAUGUUUAUGCAUAAUAACAGCAUACAGUAGAACUGAGUGCUGCCAAGACAAUAAGAAAAAGAGGACUAGCUUCCUUCCAUUGGGCAUUCUUGUGUCCUAUGGACACUAGAAUCUUUUUUAUUUUUAAAUUUGACUGGAGCCUCUGCUUUGCCUAUUUCAGUAAAAGGAUACCUGCCUCCCAACUUCAACAUAGCUAUUCAUUUUCCUAUACAUCCUUGAGGGCAAUUAUUCUGCUACUUAUUGCUAAUGUAUUAUGCAAGUUCCUAACAACUUCUGGGGCUCAUCGUGGUAAAUUCUCUGUGAAAAAAAAAAAUGUUUUAUUGAAGGACAGUCUCAAGAUGGAAUUACAAAUGGCUGUGAAGAACUCUGCCUACUUUAAGAAGGACCAUAUUAUGAUUCCUCAGUAGUAGCCUCAGUGGGCCAGUGAAUUACCAAAAAGCACUUUGCUCAUAGAUGGCAGUGGUGCCUCUGAGCCCACAGGUUAUUGUCAAGUACAGCAUGUCAUUUGGGUGCAGCACCUUUGCAUUUUUAAUUAUGUGUUAUCUCCCGGUUGCUCAUUUACAACAGGUCUGUUAUUCAGGAAUGUGAACCAGCAAAUAUUUAGGCUUAUCAGGUCAUUUGUGUAUUCUGGCAAUAUUCAAAGUAUUUAUAACCCCCUGCCAUCUUUAUACUGAAUGUGUGCCUGCAUUUAGAGCCAUAAAUUUCUCUGGAUUUGAGUGGCUCUUGACAGUGGGAUUUUUAACUGUAACAUAGUCUCUGUGUGAAUGUGUAUGUACAUAUCCAUAUACGUGGGUAUUUUGACACCCACGAGCAGAAUAAUUUAUAGCAUAACACACGUACAGAUUUAAAAAAAAUACUACUCCUGUCAUAAACAGCUUCGUGCUUUCUUGUUAGGUUCUCAGAGGGAGAAACACUUUAGAAGGUGCUUAUUUCUUUGGAGGUAGAUGAGGAGUCAGACAGGAAGCCAUCCUGAUGGAAGGCUGCUGAUUCUGCUGUCAGGGCAUCUGGCAACAGCCUCCAACAGAGGUCACCAAAUCUUCUAGCCCAUUGCGACGUUGUUUGGAACUAGCCGACCACCUGAAAGACCCUGGGAACCACCUCUUUAGUAAUUACACAUGGGCAGACAUCACUUGCGAAAGGAGGCAUGAACACAAUCGAAGAUGACAAAAUAGUAAGCCUCACUUUCAUUCUCCUUUCCUUCUCGUUUGUGUCUUUAAUAAGGCUCAUGUCCUUGGCUGGCUCUCGGAUGUCCUCUGCCUUCAUUGUGCUUUUUGAGAGGCAAGGCAAAGUCUUAGGCAACAGAGACUUUCCCUGCAGAGUGCAAUGUUCCCAUUUGUCCUGGCUCACCCAUUACUCAGAGCUGACAUUUGGUUGAUACUUAAAAGACCUGGAAUCCACUUUAGCUCUUCAAGUAAGGUACUGGGUGCCUCCCUCAGGCAUAGUAUAGUUUUCACAUCUUAUCAUGGGUGUUUGUUUUCUCUGUAAGGUUCUACCUUCUUGACAGCUGGAACCAUGCUUUGAAUUUCACCUGUACCUCCCACGCAUGUGACAUAUUCUAGUAGGUCUGCAAUCCUGUUAUGCAGUAAAUACUUGUUAGUUGGGCUUCUUCCAAGGCUUCUGCUUAGCUCAACAAUAGUUUGAAGUAGGACUGGUCAGACAGGAAGUUUUAGCUAAACAUUCAUUUGCUUAUUCAGUAGCUCAGGGAAUUGGUGUAUAGGAUUCUCAGCAAGAUAUUUUGUUGGGCUUAUACUGGUGGUUUUUGAACCAUUUUUCCCUUUAGCUGAGGUGUGCUCUUUUUAAUGGGCUCCACUAUGGAGAAACAAGAUGCAUAGCACGUGAAAGAGGGGUGGUUGCAUUUGAAGCAGAGGUGCAAGAUAGACUGCACUUGAACAACCUCCUAUCCUCCCCAUUUUCCCAGACACCUACAAACCAAGUGGCCUGUGAAUCAUCUGGUAUCAGCAGGGCUCCUCUGAGAAUAGUCUGUAAACCAUUUAUCUACAGAAAAUGUCUUUGAGUGUAUUACUACCUUGGGUUCACCCUUUUUGGAAACAGAUUUUAUUUUCUAAAGCAAUUAUAGGUUUACAGAAAAAUUGUGCAGAAGGUACAGACAUAUCCAUAUAUUCACUCUCCCUUAGUUCGCAGGUUCCUUUAUGGUUAGCUUCUUGCAUUGAUGUGGUGUAUCUGUUACAAUGGAUGAGCCCACGUUGAUACACUGGUAUUAACCAAAGUCCUUAGUUUGUAUUAGGAUCUACUCUGUAUGGUACAGUCAUUUGUGUAUGUAGCUAGCAUGAUAUCAUACAGAAUGUUUAUACUUCUCUACCAAUGCCCCCUACUCUAGGUGUGCAUUCCGUGACCCAGCAUUUUUAAAGGUGCCUUGGUAAGCUUAGGAAUAGUGGGAACAGGGAUCGGGUUUGAUCCUUAAGCAGGUCCGCUCUAUAUCUUCGUCACAGUUGGAAAUAACUCCUGGUUUAUAUUCUCAAAAAGGGAAUUGAGAUUGCAGAUUAUGAUUAUAAUCCUGUUCUGGUAACUCAUUUGACCACUUGCAGCUUUUGUGUUUUGGAAAAGUUGUAAAUUUAUCAGUGAUGCUAAAUGUCAAAGUAAAUUUCACUGGAACAAGGCCAUGCUUAUUGAGAAUGUGUUGUGAUGUAUUUGAAUUUAAUAUGUAUGAAUAUGUGGACAAAGGUUAAUUUGGACUCUUUUCAUGUCCAGAAGCUAGACUUGCCCUUCCUUCACUGAUUUGGGAAAUACUUUUUCUUUACUUUCGGAAGCCUGCCUUUGACUUUGGUGCAUUGCUAAUUAUGUGCCCAAUUUUCGUACAACACUGACAAUGAAUACAAAAUAUUAAUAAACCAACAAGACAAGCAGUUUUCAAAAAUCACAUUAUGUAUACUUACUGCCUAACUGACCUUUUCUGCAGUAACUUAAAUCUUUAAGAAAUCCAUUUAAUUUCAAAGCCAAAGUAUUAGCCUAUUUAUAUGUAAAUUAUCUUUAAUUCAUGCAUUGAUUUAAAAGACUAAUCCAAAAGAUCUUUUACCACAAGUGACCUUUUUGACUCUGUACUUCUGGGAAAACUGCGAAGUGGCUUCUUGGUGACCUCAUCUCCACCUGUGGUCCAACACAUGCCAGCUCUGGUCUGUAUAAAUCACUCACAAUCACAGAGCUCUCAGCUGACACUGAAUUAUUAACGGAGUCAUUGUUUUAGUUCCUAUCACAGUUUCCACAGGACAAUUUGUAGGGAUGAUUUUUUUCUACCUCAUCUAGCAUAUUCUUUCUACUUUCAACCAACACAUCUAGUUAGAAUCUUUUCUAAGAAAUAUGAUCUAUUAUUCAGAGGACACAGAAUAAGGAGCUUAAUGCUUUCUGUUUCCAAAGGCCUUAGAUGUCAGAGAAUCCUAAGUUUAUAUUACUGCCUACUAUCCAUAUCUGAGAAGCCAGAGAAUUGUAGGAAUACUGUCAGUAUUCUUGUUGCAGUGUUAGUGUUUAUUCAACUUUUGGUUUUCUGACUGUGUUUAGUUUACUUUAGGGAAUAUCUUUAGACAGAGUCCAUCACCAAUUAUCAUAUAUAUUUUUGAAUUAUUUAGUCUUGUCAUUAGUGGGUAAAAAGCAAAUAAUGUAAGUUGUAACCUAUAUAAAAUAGUUGAAGUAAAACUGAUUAUGCCAUAUGUAAUAUAUUUAUAUUCAUAUAUUUCCUCCAACUCUUUUUUGAUAUUGAUAUCUCUAUAUAAUGAUAUCUCAUCAAGAUGUUAAAUUAUUUAUUUAUUUAUUUGAGGAUAGAGUGACAGAGAGAGAGAGAGAGGAAGAAGCAGUGAGAGAGAGAUUGUCCAACCAGAGGGUCACAACAGAGGCACCUGGACCAGGCCAAAACCAGGAGACAGUAGCUCCAUCUGGGUCUCCCAUGUGAGGGACAGGGACUCAGGCUCUUGAGUCAUCAUCUUUUGCUUCCCAGGCACAGUUGCAGGGAGGUUGUUGGAAACUUGAGUAGCAGGAAUAGAACCAGCACUCCAAUAUGCAAUGAAGGAAUCCCAAUCAGUGGUUAACCUGCUGUGCCACAUCUGCCUCUCUGUCUGUCAAAUUUUAACCUGAGGUAUAUGAGGGGAGGCCACGAGUGCCCAGAAUCAGAUGCAAAUGUCUAUAUGUAUGUAUGCAUUUGUAUAAAUUGUCAGUGUCUUGAAUAACUCUCUGGGGUGAGAAUACUAAUUUAAACUAUAAUAUGAAUGCGAAUAUCCCAGUUGCUCUGGAACUACAUGGCAUGAGGUCCUACAUAUGUACAAACUUUCCUCACUCUAUCUCUCACCCCCAAUAUCUAGAUCUUUCUUAAUUUUUAAAAUUCUUAGUUUUUUAAUUGUCAUUUAAAAUUUUUAUUUGUAUUUAUUUGAAAGGCAGAGAUACAGAGAGAGAAAGAGAUCUUUCAUCUGCUUGUUCACCCAAUGGCCUCAGUGGCCAGGGCUGGGACAGGCCAAAGUCGGGAGCCUGGAACUUCAUCCUGGUCUCCCACAUGGGUGCAGGGGCCCAAAUAUUUGGGUCAUCUUCAGCUGCUUUUCCAAGCAUGCUAGCAGGAAGUGAAUUGGAAGUGGAGCAUCCUGGACUAGAACAGACCCCGAUACGGGAUGCAGCACUGCAGGCAACGGAUUAACCCGCUGUGCCACAAUGCAGUCCUCAAUUUUUCUUAAAUUUUUAAGAAAGUUCAUGUGGGGCAGGCAUUUGACUCAGUGAGUUAAGCCACAAAUUGAGAUGCUUGCAUCCAAGUACCAGCUCUAUUUCUCCAUUCAGCUCAGCUUCCUGCUAACGUGUACCCUGGCAGGCUGCAGAUAAUGACUCAAGUACUUGAGUCCCUACCACUCAUGCAGAGACCUAGUGUGAAUUCCAGGCUCCUGACUUUGGGGUCAGCUCUGGCUGUUACAGCAUUUAAGGAUUGAGCUAGCACAUGCAAAGUCUCUUUGACACACACUCUCUCUCUGCCUUUCAUAUAAAUAAAUAAACCACUUAGUUAGUGAACCAGAGCAUGGAACAUGGCUCUUUCCUUUCCUGUCAUCUUGCAUUUCUGAUAAAUAAGUAUUUUUUUUCAAAAGGAUGCAUAUAUUUUGGUGUCCCAAAGUUUAGAAUCCAUGCUUCAUUUUUUUGUAUUAUGUGUUUCCCAUGAAUUCUUCAAGACCAAUCAUAUAGUUACUCCAUUAACACAAAACUCAUGGGCACCAGUACUGUUACUAAACACCUGAAUAAAGCAUUUCCAAAACUUACAUUUUCUUUGUAGUACACAAUACAGCCUACCACGCUGAGGAGGCAUUUUAAUGCAAAAUCACAAUGAAGCACACAAAUGGCUCUAAAUAGUGCGUGGAGGACCCUUGUUUACAGGUUGAGAGCAGAAACCAGGAGGCCGAGCCUCACCUUCUCCCACUUCCAUGGACAGUGUGUGUAUCAGGUGAGAACUUUUUCACUGCUCUGCAGAUGAUUUACGAAAAUGAUGUGAGUAUGGAUUUUGAGAUAACAACAUUUAAAAAUAUCGAGCAGGCAAAUACAGGAUGCAUGAGUAGUAGAGAUCAACCAUAAAUAUAUUUGUAAAGCAUGUGCAAGUUUUAUUGUCCCCAGAGUGAGAAGACAGAGGAACCUUGCCCUAAGGAUCUUGCUUGCUUUCAGGCAGGGGACACAGAUAUUAAAUAAUUAUCCAGAUAGCUCCCUAAUUACAUUGGUGAGACCUUGUAAUGGAAGGUUACCUGGUGUUGUUAAAACACGUAACGAACUACUCCAUCCAGGCUGAGGGAUCAAGGAGCUUGCCGCUGAGGAAUUGGCAUCUGAACCAUACUCAGGAAGACGGAUUGCAUCCUGAGAAAAUGUCAUUCCGAUUCGGUCAGCAUCUCAUCAAGCCCUCCGUGGUGUUUCUCAAAACAGAAUUGUCCUUUGCUCUUGUGAACAGAAAACCUGUGGUACCAGGACAUGUCCUUGUGUGCCCACUGCGGCCAGUGGAGCGCUUCCGGGACCUGCGACCUGAUGAAGUGGCUGAUUUGUUCCAGGCAACUCAGAGAGUUGGGACAGUGGUGGAAAAGCAUUUCCAAGGGACCUCGCUCACCUUUUCCAUUCAGGAUGGUCCUGAAGCUGGACAGACUGUGAAGCACGUCCAUGUCCACAUUCUUCCCAGGAAGGCUGGAGACUUUUGCAGGAAUGACAGCAUCUAUGAUGAGCUCCAGAAACAUGACAAAGAAGAGGAGGACUCUCAGGCCUCUUGGAGAUCAGAGGAAGAAAUGGCAGCCGAAGCAGCGGCGCUGCGUGCCUACUUUCAGUGACACAGGCAUGAAAGUAAGCUGAACACCUCCCAAGGCAUAAGGAAAUGGGCUUCAUUCUUCAAAGACACUCCAGCGGCAGAAAGCUCAGCAGACUGUAUGGCGUCCAACAGUUCUGCAAACUUGUGCGAAGCAUUUUAUUACACUUGUGCGGGCCAUUGGGGUUAUGAUGACAGACGGACGAUCUUCAAAACAACAACACUGACAACCCUCCAGAUUUCCCUGGCUAUAUCUGUAGAAUAGAACCUUGUCUACAUUGUACCUUGGCCUGGAUGCAAAUAAAAUGUUAGCUACAAUA